AUGCCAGAUUCCUGUGGAUUCUGUUUUACAGUGUGGAAAUAUUUCACCUGGGUUCAUAAUUCCUCUUCAUAGUCCAAAUGGAUUCCUAUCAUUUCCACUUUGAGAGGAUGAGUAACCUUGACCUUUACUCUCUGAGUCUUCCUGUUAGUCGACUCUCCCAGACCAAGUCCAGCAGUAGUAUUGAUCAGUAUACCCAUCACCACAGCAAAGGGGACUCCGCCUAUAGCUCAUUCUCUGGUGGUUCAACAGUCCCUGAAUACCCUUCUCCUUUUCUACUGGAUGAGCCCCAGACACAAAACUUGCACUACGCCGAUCUGAAAUAUGUGAAAGGUAAAUACAGCCCAACCUUUCUUGAUUCAGAUUCCAAAAGCAUGGACCACUUUUACCGUUCCAUGGAAACCAUUGCACAAGAACAUCACUGUAGCAGUGGUGGCUUCUCUGACAUUGAAGAUCCACCAGUUCAUACACAUCCAUUUCCACCACCACCACCUCCUGCUCGUCUGAACAGUUUAGUGACAACCAGGAACCUUGCAAACUCAUGGGCACGUCAGAGUCCAGAAGGACAGCUUGCUGACCUUUCUACUUCGCAGAAGAUGAGUAAUUCAGAGGUCUGUGGUGUCCAGGCUGAGCCUGUUUAUGGUUGCACAUCUUCACAGCUUAAAGAUCACCUCAAGCAAGACCCAGAGGACAAGAUGCUUAAUCCACCAAAGCCUAAAGGAAUUGUAAAUAGAUCACCCCUGCAACCCGGUCGACCAGAGUCCUUUCAGCAGUCUUGGAGCAGUCAAUUGGAAACCCAAAGGAAGAGAUCGCAUUCAGCUUAUAGUGGACCCGUUUCUGAGCACCAGUGCUUUGUCAGUUCCUGCCAUAUGCCACAGAACAUGAUCGAUGGGAGUAUUCAGCACAAAGGGCAGUUUUAUUUUGUUACUGGAGUCUUCAAGUCGUCUGAGCCCUGUGCUGUGGGAGGUGUGGAAACCCCUAGUGAGUGGUCUUAUGAAACCCAGCGUAGAAGGCAAAGUUGUCCUGAUGGUCCAAGUGGUAAACUGUUUUACCAUGAGAAACACAAAUUCAGUAUUCAGAAGGAAGUUGUGGAGCAUCCUAAUGACAAGGCACUUCAUUCAUCUUUCAAGUCCGAGCAGACCUCUGAAGGAGUAGAGGACCAAAGGGACAUGAGUAAAGAAACUGGCAGGAAUCACUCCACCAGCCACCCUAUCUUCUAUUGUGGUCCAGAGGACAAUUCAGUUGGUUUACUAAUGACCCCUGCUCUAAUUAAGGAAGACCAUACCAGUCAUCCCAAGAAAGAGGAUCCGAUGACCAGAGUUUCGAGGUGGCCCCAACUGGAUAUUCCAAGAGACAAGAUCAGCAAGGAGACUACCCCACUUUUAUAUCACCUCACAGGAGCGAACAGGGCAUCAUAUACAGACAAGUUCAAAAACAAUAAUAACUGUGGUAUAGAGGUCAAGAAUCCAGAAUGUGCCAAAGAGAAAGCUGGAAAUAAUGAGCAAACCCCUCCCAGCAGUGAAUAUCGGCAGAAUGAAAUGUCUAAGGAUAAACAACCGAAGGAUUUCUUCUACCCAUGCGGCACAUUAGAUGACUCCUACAAGAAGUAUUAUAAGGAGAAAUUGAAAGAUGCCCAAUCUAAGGUUUUGAGGGAGACUUCGUUUAAAAGAAGAGAUUUGCAGCUUUCUUGGCCCCACAGGAUCAAGCAGCAGACAGACAAAAAACAUUUUGCCGAACCUUCCAGUCCUCCAUUUCAAGACAAGCUGCCCAACUUGGAGACACUUCCAAUGCCACAACUACACAAUCCUCAAGAAAAACACAAAGAGCACAGGGAGGACCUUGGUCAAGAGAUUGAGAAGGCCAUUGGAAAAGAACCAGAGAAGCAACAGAAUAUUGCUCAACCACAGGUGCCUCGUGUAGGGAGUAGGAAGCGUUUGACAGCCGAUCAGAAGAAACUCUCUCAAUCUGAGCCUGAGAAACUACACCAGCUGGCAGAUGGACCGGCUCAUAUGACCUCUCACUUUCUUGGCAACAAAGCAGAAGGUCUUCUCUCGGAGGGUGAUCAUGGUCUAGUGGCUGCUAGACGGAAGAUGUUCGAAACACGGGGACGUGCUCUGUCUGUCUCCAACUUUUCAAAAUCACCUCUGAAGCACCUCCAGCAUAAAGCCUUAGUAGCAUACAUGGAACGCAAAACUGGUCAAAAGAUAGCUGAGCCCCAGCACCCAAUUCCACAAGCACCCAGCAACAGGGAUUCAACCACGGAGAGCUCCAGACAUAAUUCUGGCAUGUCCGACUCCAAGAAGCUCCACAGGCCUCUCUCUGCAGGUCAGAUUCUUGACUCCGUGUCAAGCUCUGUUAAAUACACGCAGGUCAUCACUGCUAAGCACUCAAGGCAGUCUAGCUGGAGAGAGGAGUCCUCUGCAGCAGGGAAGUCAGCCUCUGUGGAGAAUCUCCUGGACCAGCCUGAACAACCCAAGUCCAGUCGGACCCGUAGCACCUCGACUCCCCACGCUUUCCAGGUACGGAAACAUCCUGAUGAGUUCUCAGCCAAUCAUAAUAAGGCUAUUUUAAGAGUUCAGAGAAAAGUAGAGGAAGAGACCGUAGUCCAUCACAGUCACACAGCAUCUGUCCCUGAAGAGCGGCGUGUACAAGUCAGAGCUUCAAGAGGGAAAUCUAUGGAAGAGCUUGGUGUAUCCAAGGUCAUGAGACCUGAAGUUCUCAGUAAAAGUUCAGAGCAGCUUGACCAACUUCAGGGCAUGCAGGUCAAUCCCAGUGCAGAGAAGAAAAUGGUGUCAUUUCUUGGUGAAGGAAGGCGCACACAUAGGAGGAUCCCCAGCUCUGGAGAACACACAACCAGCUCUCAUCCAGGCCCUGAGAAGCUACUCUUAACCCAUUUUGUAAAGCAUGCAUCCUCCCAUGAUGAUGAAAUCCAUGCAGUUUCACACAAUGGAUGUAAAAAUAAAGAAGACACUGUUCUGUCUGUACCCAGUCUCUCCAGGCCAGAAGUCAGCAAGGAGCAGGACGUAUGUCCACGAGAUAAGAGUGAGACAUCUCUCUCCUGUCAAGAGGUUUCUCUCGGUCACGGAGUCACGACAGAUCCCAGUCUAUGGAUCACAUCUUCUGAGAUAAAUGAGGCCGAGGUAAACUAUUGGCCGUCGACUGAAACGGCAACUUCUGCUGAACCCCAGAAUGCACCGCGUAGCCCAUCUGAUGAGAAUGAAACCACAUCUUUCACAACACUUCCUAGCAUUCAGGAAACAGAGUCCAGCUUGGUACCUGCACUUAAUGAGGAACAACAUGGGAACGUGAGGAAAGAAGACAGCCCUGUUGUGAUGGAAAGCGAGGUGUUGGAAGUGAACGGUCCGGUGGACAAACUGGAGUGGGAGGUGUUGGUUCGGGACGUGGUCUCAGCUGACCAAUCGUUAGCUGCCAUUCUUUACCCCAUAACCAAUAGGAAGACGGCACUCAUGCUGAUGGAGCAGCUGUUUUCUGAGGACACUCUUCUCAUGGAGGAGCACUACAAGAACAAACAGGAGCAGAAGUUUACUAACCCAGAAAAUUCUGCUCACAGUGCUGAGAUGUCACUGAAACAUCCAUCAUCUAUGAACAAUGAGUCUGUUCUCUCAAACCAGAAAGAUAACCUGCUCAACACGGAUGUCAUCGACAAAAAGAGACGGCUGAUGGCACACAUAGAGGAGCACUUGAAGUGUCUGGAGGAAGUGCGCUCCAGCGUCCAGAGCGAGGAGAAGGUGAACGGGGAGCGGGGCGAUGCUGUGGAGGCUCUGGUACGAGACAGCUGUGUGUCAGCCGAGCUGGAGCGCUACACACAGUUUAUAGAGGACCUGGAGCGUGUGGUCAGUCUGCUGCUGUGUCUGUCGGCCCGUCUGGCCCGUGUGCAGAACGCCCUCAGCACUGCAGACGACAGCAUGGACACGGAGGAGAGACAAUCUCUGGACAGCCGCUACAGUCUCCUGUGCAAGCAGAGGGAGGACGCCAAAGACUUAAAGGACAACCUGGACCGACGGGAGCGCGUGGUCUCCACCUUCCUCUCCAAACAGCUGACGGACACACAGCUGCAGGAGUACCGGCGCUUCAUUCAGACCAAGGCUUCUCUACUCAUCCGCCAGAAAGACCUGGAAGAGAAACAGCGUUUAGGAGAGGAGCAGCUCGAGGCUUUACUCAGCAGUUUACCUCCUUGAAGCUGCUCCAGAAACUAGUGCACACGGCUCUCUAAUGUCUGGAGGUGUCUCUUACAGCUGUUUGUUUUACAGAGACUGUAAUUACUCGGAGAUGCUGUUUCGUUUGACAUUUGUGCUGUAGUAAACUUACUUCCGCAAGCUUUAUUUAAGAGCCCAGGAAUGGUUUACUGAGAGCUUCAAGUAGAUGAAUGAGAAAUGCACUCUUUCAAAUAUACAUCACAGAGCACUGUCAAAUCAAGACCAAAAAAAAAGGACGAAAGAAGCACUUUUGAUAAUUAUCUGCACAUGAUGAACCUGGAUGUUGUAAUCGAUCUCAAGUGUUCAUUCCUAUUGAUUUCAGGGCUUCAUUCGUUCACUGGUCAACAUAAUGUAACUUUUCCUUCUUGCCCUUUUGUCCUGUAAUUUCAUUUAUCACUAUUUAAUGUUCAGUUUUUAAGAUUCUCUUUUAAAGAUGUAUUUGGUGAAACUGACAUCAAUGCAAGUAUUGAGGAAAGUUACUUUUAAAAGUAAUGCUGCAUUACAAUAUUGCAUUACUCCCACAGACAGUAUGUGUUGUGCACUUUACACUCAUCCAGUGUCUUAAAAUAUCAUUAGAUCACCCAGACCAGCUUUAAAUCGCCCUGGAGACGUCUAAUUGAGUGUUUCCUCAUCUGCAAUAUAUCUACAGGACGUGUCCUAUCAGAUGUCAAAUAGACAUUAAGAAGAUGUCUGUAAGACGCUUAUGAUUUAGAAUGACGUCUGUCAGAUGUUUGUACACAGAAGAUGCUUUCCAGACGAAGCGAUCUUUAACAGACAUCUUGCAGGAAUACAUAAACACUUGUCUUUGUAGUUGGCUAAACAAAUUGAAGUUUGUUUUGGUUUUCGGUCCCUGGUAAGUCAUGCGCAUGAAGUUCAUGGCCUGGAAAAAAGAAAUCCCUAGUCAUAUGAAAGAGCUAGUUUUCCACAGAAACAGCAUCCAGACACCACAACUAUUAUCAGACCACCAUCAUCUGUUUCAUCUGACACCGAGCGGUCAGAUUGAGACUGUGUGUAAAUGAAUGUUAGUUCAUCAGUGGGCUGUUUUGUCUUGCUGCCAUCUUGUGGUUUUCUGAGUAUUGUGUUUGUUUUUUAUUGUUUAUUAUCUUGUCAGUUCUCAUCUUAUUGUUGUGGAAAUGCAUAAAUCCCAUAACCUUUGUUUUAUUGUGAAUAAAGUAUGUAAAUGACAUUG